AGCAGACUUCGCGCCCUUCAUCGUUGACACGACCUACCAUACUCGACCGCAUCUUGCUUCACGCUGUCGCGACGACUAAAACCGCGCUUUGCACUGAGUGAGACCGCAUCCCUUCAAUUCUCUCCGAACUAUUCAUUUACUGCCAUUCCGUAACCACAGCAUGAUACCACGGUCUGAUUGAGCUUCGACCUCGCAGCCAAUAUCACAGCGCACGCCACGUUUCAUAACCAAUCUUCUUCACUUGCGAACGGCACUAGCUCGAGAAGCUACCCUUCGCCUGGGUGUGGUCGUGUACAACCUCUACACGGUCGUCCUGAAUGACAAUCACUGCGAUCAAUGUGGCGACGACGGAAAACGCUAUCCCGACCUCUACUUCUUCCAUCGACUACCUCACUCUCUCCCGGAAGCAAAGCAAGAACUAUCAUUGCCUAAGUACGCGACACCUACCGCACCGACCAGGAACUGCCUUUGAUGGCAGAUGGUCAAUAUCGCUUCACACAAGCGAGUGGCCAGCAAUACUACUCCCAAUUCAAUAACACGAGACAUAGUUCACAGCGACCCACGUCGCCCGCACCACAAAACCACAGACGCGGCUUUCCGUCCGAUACAACCUCACCCUCACGGUCACCACGGGCAAGGUCGCCUUCAAAUCACCCAUACAGCAUGUACGCGCAGGGCCAUGCGGGCCUCAACUCGCAUGGCAUGAUGAACGGCGCUGGGCACCAGCGCUUCGGGAAUCAGCUCAACCUGAACAAAUAUUCACACCAUAACCCACAUCAACACAACCAGCACGCGCAAACGGGUCAGGAUGGAGGACACGGUGCACACCAAGGAAAUUUCAUCAGCCACCAACACAAUCAGUCCGGUGGAGCAUCUGCUCAUUUUGGGACCUCUCACUUACAGAACGGCGCGCAGAGCAACGCUUAUAGUACCGCGCCUGUUAGCCAGACAGAGCACUGGAAGAAACAGAUAGAAAUCGCAGCAGAGAUUCGAAGCCUGACUCAUGCCCACCCUCAUGCACGGAAUGCCUCUUCAGCAUCGAAGACUGUACUCCCCGGCACUAGUACAGGUGGCGCCAAAGAUACAAAUGAGAAAAAGGAAGAGCGCUAUCGGACAGCGGGUGACUGGUCAGACGACGAAAUGGAGCAGUCGAUAUGGACGGAGAUCGACAUGGGUGGCUCAAAUUUACGAUGCAUAAGCUUACAGCUGUUCGAUUACUACCCAUUUCUUACAAAGCUUUACCUCAACAAUAACCGCCUGCAAGUAAUUCCUCCAGAAAUUGGACACUUGAGGAAUCUGUCCCACCUGGACCUAUCGCUCAAUCAGAUCAGCACCCUCCCACCUGAGAUGGGUAUGCUCGUCAAUCUGAGGGUGCUUCUGCUCGUCGACAAUAAGAUCACGGUCAUUCCCUAUGAGCUUGGCAAUCUGUUUGCUCUGGACAUGCUCGCAAUCGACGGGAAUCCGCUGAAUGAGGGGCAGCUCUCUGUAAUUGUGGAAGAGGGCCCACAAGCACUUAUCCGGCAACUACGGGAGUCAGCACCAGGUCCUGAUCCACCACGUCCAAGAGAUUGGAUCGUUCUGGACGAUACAGACUCUUCACCGGACGAGAAGUUCCAAGUAAUCUCGUUCAAUAUACUGUGCAAAAUCGCGGCAACACCACAGCAGUUUGGUUAUUCACCAUCACAAGUCCUCGACUGGGACUAUCGGAAAGAACUUAUAUUGCAGGAGAUCCGAUCUCGAGAUGCAGACAUCGUAUGCUUGCAAGAAUUGGACGUCGACAAUUAUAACAACCUGUUCAGGGAGAUGCUUGCGCGGAGCGACUACAAAGGCGUGUACUGGCCACGAAGUAAAACUAAGACGAUGUCAACAGAGCAAGGCAAGGGAGUCGAUGGCUGCGCGACGUUCGUCAAGAACAGCAGGUUCAUUAUCCUUGAUAAGCAGGUGAUCGAAUUCGCCAACGUCAGCAUCAAUCGGGCGGACAUGAAGGGCGAACACGACCUCUUCAACCGCGUGAUGAUUCGAGAUAACAUCGGCGUAGUCACCUUCCUAGAGAAUCGUAGCACUGGAUCCCGACUCAUCGUCGUCAACACGCACUUGUACUGGGACCAAAAUUACCGGGACGUCAAGGUCGUACAGGCAGCCAUCCUAAUGGAAGAGACACAGAAGCUCGCGGAGAAGUAUGCAAAGUGGCCACCUACCCCAGAUAAGGAUAAGAUCCGGUUCCGAUAUGCGAAUGGGGACAAGGAGGGCGAGGAGCCAGUGGAAGAGGAGAUUCAAAACCCCGUGCCAUCAAUGACGUACGAACAUGGAACGGAUAUUCCGAUCGUCGUAUGCGGCGACUUCAAUUCGACUCCGCGAUCUGGAGUGUAUGAAAUGCUCACAACUGGCUCGCUAGCUGGUAAUCACCGAGAUCUGGGCACCUACAAGUACGGGAACAUUACCAAAGAUGGCGUACGGCAUGCGUUCGGCCUGAAAUCCAGCUACGGAAACAUCGGCGAGCUGCCCUUUACUAACUACACCCCCGGUUAUACUGGUGUUUUGGACUAUAUUCUGUACUCAACAUCGAGUCUCUCGUGCACAGGCCUGCUUGGUGAGGUUGAUCCUGAAUAUCUCAAGCGCGUUCCCGGAUUCCCGAAUCUUCAUUUCCCAAGCGACCAUUUGCUCCUGCAAUCCGAGUUCAAAGCGAAGGCGCCAAGGAAAGAGAGGAAAAUCACGGAGGUCGACUUUGGACCGCAGAAGGAGAAUAGGCGGAAUUGAUCUCUCUCGUCUUGCACACUCAAUCUUAUCAACUGAAGCUUUUCUCUUAGUGUGGAUCAUGGACGGCGGUGGCUGGGUUUGGGCAAAGUCGAUUUGAAACAAACGGCGUUGAUUUAUUUACGAUGCAUGCCAAAACAUCCUAUUUUUUUUCUUCCUUCCACGACUACUGCUGGCUUGUUUUCUUUUUGCGAUGACCAACGUUGGAUUUACUGCGUUAUGAGCAAAGGCGCGCCUUCCCCUUGUGGCCCGAGCCUUUGGGAACCAGAUGGGAAAAUGGAGGGGGAAAACUGGGAGGAAAGGUAUCCAUCAACCAUAUUUGCAUGCAUGCACACGCGCGUUUAUGUCUGGACCUUGUCAUAUUUUGGUUGGAGUUUGCUGGUCUGUGUGCGUAAGCGUCUUGUCUGUUCAGGAAUUUGCGAGGUUUUUGCUUGCGAUUGUGGGAGGGGUGGAUGAAGGGGACUUGUGUGUACAGAAUACGUCGGGUAGCUAGUCUUUCUUCGGUGAGACGUCACGAUCCUCCCCUGGGAGCAGCAGCGCCUACAUUUGUUUGCGGGCAAUGUCAACGAAGCACUUGAGGCCUGCGGCAGACCUAAUUCUCUCCAGCUGGUGGGAUCGAGAUACGCUCACUUGAAAUUAUCUUCCUCACUGA